CUUAAAUAUGCAGGGAAAACAUGCAAUAUCUGCAGAAGAACGUGUCUUUUUUACUGCGGGAUAGGUUGGUGAGUGUGAUACAUCAAAAGAUUUAGUGUCAAGGAUCAUACCUGAGUGGGCUGCACUCUCUACUGCAGGAAUUUCAAAAUGAUUGAACAGACCAUAGUGGAGUGGAGAAAUAUGGCUUUUGCCAAUGAAUCCUGUGGCCCGUAAUGAGUUUAUCCCAGGAAGUGAGAUUCAAGCUUACAGAAAGGAGUUAGAGAUUUGGAAAAUAAUAAUAAAGAAAAAAACGACUCCAAAAGCUCCUAUCUACACAAAUACAAGUUGAUCUAGAGAUUCAUGCAUAGAGCUGAUGAUGAAUCGCCCGUGGUUUUGGGGAGGCUAACUCUUUUGCUUUUGAUUGCAUUGGAAAUCUGAUGUUAAUGCUCAUGAGAAGUAAAAGCAGAGAACGUGGGUUACUCGGUGUGCCUAAAGAUAGCAGAGGCAGCAGCAAAAAGACCAAACUUCUCUUUGAAGCAGUUGCUUCAGCUGUGUCUUAUUGUGUACACUGAGAACUGAGAGAAAUAGCAGCCGACCUGGGAGAAAAUGCCAGCUAAAGGUAAAUACUUCUUCAAUGAAAGUGAUGACUGCAGGAUAUCAGACCCGCUGUAUGAGAAGUACCGCUAUACAAGCCAGCAACAUCCACUCCUGCUAUUGCUGCUCUUCAUUGCAAUCAUCUUCUGGACUACUCUAAUUAUAAUUUUUUUUGUCACUGAAGCACAUUAUCAUCUUCCCUUCAUUAUUGCAGUAUGUGCUGCUCUUGUCAUAUUUGCAGUCAUGUACUUACUUUUAUGUAUUGAAUCCCUCUUUCGGAGAUGGCUAACGUUAUUUGGAGUUAUGAUUUGGAUUUGCUUCUUAAUCGUAGGAUAUGUAUCUCUCUUUGAAAAAGAAAAUGGUUAUCAACUGUGGGAACAGGUGCCAUUCUUUCUAUUCAUAAUCUUCACAGUUUAUACCAUGCUACCCUUUGGGAUGAGAGGUGCUGUCAUAAUUAGCGUUCUUUCUGCUCUCUCCCAUAUUAUUGUUCUAAGCAUUGUGGUAAGCACGACUUCUCAGGAAAAUAAGGAAUCCUUUCUUUUUCAGCUACUUGCCAAUGCUGUCAUUUUUCUCUGUGGUAACUUGAUGGGUGCAUUUCACAAACGCCAAAUGCAGGUUGCUUCGUGGGAUUUGUAUAGGUACACAUUAAAGUGCAUUCAAGUCCGAAUGAAAUUGAAGAUUGAAAAGAGGCAACAAGAAAAUUUGCUUUUAUCCAUACUGCCAGCACAUAUCUCUAUGGAAAUGAAACUAGCGAUCAUAGAGCGAUUAAAGGAAACUAAUGAUAAUAGACAAACACAUGACAACAACUUCCACAGUCUGUAUGUAAAAAGGCACCAAAAUGUUAGCAUUCUUUAUGCAGACAUUGUAGGAUUUACUCGCCUUGCCAGUGACUGCUCUCCUAAGGAACUAGUAGUGAUGCUGAAUGAACUUUUUGGAAAGUUUGAUCAGAUUGCAAAGGAGAAUGAAUGCAUGAGAAUAAAAAUCCUGGGAGACUGUUACUACUGUGUCUCAGGCCUGCCUGUGUCCUUACCAGUUCAUGCCAGGAACUGUGUUAAAAUGGGACUCGAUAUGUGUGAAGCGAUAAAGCAGGUGAGAGAAGCCACAGGAGUGGAUAUCAACAUGAGGGUUGGUAUUCAUUCUGGGAACGUGCUCUGCGGUGUGAUUGGCCUCCGGAAAUGGCAGUAUGACGUCUGGUCGCAUGAUGUGUCCCUAGCAAACCGCAUGGAGUCUGCGGGCGUACCUGGCCGUGUUCACAUCACUGAAGCAACAUUAAAUCACCUAGGCAAAGCUUAUGAAGUAGAAGAAGGGAAUGGACACCUGAGGGAUCCUUACCUUGAAUCCAUGAAUAUCAAAACCUACUUAGUGGUUGAUCCAAGGUCCAAACAAUGCGUAUCAAAUAAUCAUCUCCCUAAAACAAGAGUUAAUGAUGGGCUGAAGAUGCGAGCAUCUGUUCGGAUGACACGUUACUUAGAGUCCUGGGGAGCAGCCAGGCCCUUUGCCCACCUGAACCACAGAGAAAGUGUGAGCAGCGACUCCUCAAGCUCACAAGGAAGGCGAAAAAAGGAAAUACCUUUGUGUUCUACUGGGCGCCAGAGAACAUCCGACAGAAAUUCAUCUCAGAAGGGAAGGAUAGAGGAAGAUAUUUAUGAUGAAAUGAUGUCAACCAUCGAUGGCCUUAAUUCAACUAAUCCAUGGUGUAGCAAAUCGGACGACUUCUGUGGAUUUUCAUUGAUUUUUGCAGAACCCGGUCUUGAAAAAGAGUAUCGCAGCAUUCCUAUUCUAAAACUGAAGAGUUACUUCGCAUGCGCCAGUUUUGUGUUCCUCUGUAUAUUUCUGAUACAGAUGUUUAUAAUGCCAAAAACUGCAAAACUAGGAAUUUCCUUUGGCAUUGUUGCAAUCAUCAUUCUACUUAUUUUGUUUGUGUGUUUUGCUGAGAAAUGUAUGAAGUGCUGCUCAGAACGGUGGCCUUUCCUGCGCCGUCUUUCUGCUAUGUCCGAAAAGGUGGAAACAAUGCCUUUACUUAGGGUUCCUUUAGCAGUCAUCACUAUAGGUGCCUUGCUGAUUAUAGCCAUUUUUAAUUUGACUACUGAAAAGAACAAGCCUGCAAACUUUACUGGAUCAAAUGACCUGUGUAAUACCACCUAUCCUUCUGGAAACACAACUCAAUCCUGCGUUCAGGAAACUUAUUAUGCUUACUGCUGCAUAUUGGGGUUCAUUGCUUGCUCGGUAUUUCUUCAAAUGAGCUUCGAACUCAAAGUUCUCCUCCUGUCCAUUGCGGUGACUGUAUACCUCAUCAUUUUUAACACCCUUCAGCACAGAAACGUGGGCUUCUAUGCCAACAGUACCAGACUUUUCAUCGAAGAGCCAAGGAUAAUGACUAACUUAUACCUGGUUCUGUUUUACAUAACCCUGAUUUUACUUGCAAAACAGGUUGACUAUUACUGUCGACUGGAUUGUCUGUGGAAGAAUAAGUUUAAAAAAGAACAUGAACAGUUUGAAACGAUGGAGAACGUUAACAGGCUUUUGCUGGAAAAUGUACUUCCAGCACACGUUGCUGCCUAUUUCAUUGGCGAAAAACGAAAUGAGGACUGGUACCACCAAUCUUAUGACUGUGUCUGUGUCAUGUUUGCAUCGGUACCAGAUUUUAAGGUGUUUUAUACUGAAUGUGAUGUCAAUAAAGAAGGCCUGGAAUGCUUGCGGCUGUUAAAUGAAAUCAUUGCUGAUUUUGAUGAGCUCUUGUUAAAACCUAAAUUUAGUGGUGUUGAAAAAAUAAAAACCAUUGGAAGCACUUACAUGGCAGCAGCCGGUCUCAGUGUUAUGCCAGGCCAAGAGAACAACCAGGAUAAGGAGAGGCAGCAUGCUCACAUUGGGAUUAUGGUGGAAUACGGAAUUGCCUUGAUGAGUAAAUUGGAUGGCAUCAACCGACAUUCCUUUAACAAUUUCCGCUUACGUAUUGGGAUAAAUCAUGGCCCUGUGAUUGCCGGUGUGAUUGGUGCCCGGAAACCUCAGUAUGAUAUUUGGGGCAACACUGUUAAUGUUGCUAGCCGAAUGGAGAGUACGGGGGAGCUUGGGAAAAUCCAGGUCACAGAAGAAACGAGUAAAAUACUACAGGAGUUGGGAUAUUCUUGUGAAUGUAGGGGCCUCAUUAAUGUCAAAGGCAAAGGAGAACUGAGGACUUACUUUGUUUGCACCGAGACUGCCAAAUUCCAAGAAGUUCUGAAAAGUUCCUAGAAGAUGCACAACAACCAGUCUGGAAAAGACCACCUUUUCCUGAAAUAAUCUGAGGAUUUACCUGGAAUUGCCACGAAGCAUUUUCAGUUAGUUCCUUUCCUUACCUGCACUGUGGGAGUCUUAACAGCUCCAGUAACAACAUCUGUGGAUGCACUGCAGAACUCAUUACCACGUUAAAACAUUCCACUGCUUCAUUUUUUGGCACACACCUGCUUACAGUAUUGCAUUUGUCACAGACACGUGAGAUGGUACUCGGGGCGCUGCGUACCCUGCUUUUCAUGCUAAACAGGCUUCAUAGCAGAAGAGGGCUGAAUAACGGGAAGAGGAACGCAAGUAAACUCAAAUGUAUCAUAUGAUAAUUGUGCUGAGCUCCUUUGGAAGAAAAAAAUUAACAGCACAGUAUCAGAUCACUUCUUUAUUAUAACUUUGCCUCCUCCACAGUAGUACCGUGUAUUACGCAAAUGUUGUCAUGACCAACAGCUGUUCAGAAAUAACUUUAUUCUAGUUCAGUGUUUACAUUAUAUUACAUGUUCUCCUUUGUAUUUCUGUGCCUCUGUAUUUAGUAUCUGCAUGCACGUUUUCUACAGUCAUGUAAGAGAAUGUCUUUAAAAUUCUGGGUUUAAAUUUCAAAAAAUAACCUGAUCUUGAGGAGCACUGAGCACCUGCAGUUUAUCCUGCAUGCUUGGUUAGACAGCUCUGGUAACAGCUUCUAUCGCUGACACCCGGCAGGAAUUCUGCAUGCUGACUGCGUUCUGGAGGGCACUUACGGAAGAAAAAAUAAUCUGGUUCGAGCUGUUUGGAAACUGAAGAACAGACCUAAUAAGAGAAGUAUUAAAAGCAGUAGCAGAUACUGUAUAAACAGAACUGCAUCUGAGGUGGGAUUGGGUUGGGUAUUUUUUUUUUCUAUUGUUGUAUCUUCAAUUUGCCUAGCCACGGGCUGGUUUAUGUACCUUAUAAAGGCAAUGCAGUUUAUGAAACCAGUUGGGUUUGAGUGUUACAAAAGGAUGCAUAGAAAAAACAUACUCAUAAUGGAAAUGUUUCAGCAGAGCCUCAAUACUGAAGGCACGCGUUGGGCAUGAGUCAGAAGAUGACAGAAAUUGACUUGCUGUAAGUUAGUUCCGUUUGCAAAGUCUGUAAGCUGUUAAUGGCUUUUGCUAAGUUCUAAACUAGCGUCUUUCUACUUAUUGCAAUCACUUGAUCUGUUUUCGGUUGGUGGAGAUGAUAGUGUUUUGUAAGGCUAACAUCUUGUGCCCAGUUACCUGUGUUAACUAAGGACGGGGUCCCCCCUCCCCUGUCGCAGCGUGGGCGGUGGGACUGGACGGCCCAGCGGUUAGCGAGUUCAGCAGCUGUUUGCUCAGCAGCUGUUUGUUAAGCCUUACUCCUCUACACACAAAGCAGCAUUUGCUAGUAUGGGUUUAGUACUAAACCAUACUGGAAAAGUGUUUAAUAAGCAGUCCUAUGCAUCACUGCCGCUUUCUAAUUACUGUGUAAUUUCUUUAGAAGAUGAAGUGAGUAUGUUUCAGGACAGGAACAAAUCUAAAUAUUGUCCAGCUGUGGAUUAAAAAUUGUGCUUAUAGCCUUUGUCAGUGUGGUGGGUCAAAACCGUGUUUGUAAUAAGUCUCCAACAGAAAACAGCACGUUGGAAAACCGUAGUUUGAGGUUGCCUGGUUCAUGUAUGGACUCUGCUGAAGAAGGAAGUUUCAUGCUUGGUGUCUUGUCAGUGUAAGGUCAGUGUUGUAGUUGAAUGAACUUUCAAACAGCUCUCGCUACUCCCCUAUGUCGUGUAUGUGUAGUAACAGGUGCUCAGCGAGCAUUUGUUUUGAGGUAUUUAUUUAUUGUUUUCUAAGGACCACACGUGGGUCAAAGGCUCCUUUCAGCAGUCUUUGAUGUCAUGUGUUAGGUAAAGUGACUGAAUAUGUUUUGAAAAGUGUGUUAUGCCUAUAGCUAGAGCUGGCUCUCAAGUGUUUCUGUUCACAGACCUCGUAGAAUGUAGAUCUAAGUUAUCCAUGAAAGAAAACCUGCUGUCAGUAACAGCGUUUGGAAAUGCUUUUGUUUACAUUAUGUUGCCUGUCAGGCUAUUAACUUGCUUGGCCGUAACUUCAACGAAACCGCAUUCACAGAAGUGGUAGAAAGAGCUGUAGCUUUCAAACUGGAAGAAGCGGGGCUUUGGUGCAGUUUUAAAAGGCCCUUAGGUAGAGGCCGUGCUCGCUCAGUGUACGUGCACUGUGCGUGGUGUGCUUGGAGAAGUAGAAACUGUGUGAUGCGACAGGGGUUGUACCUGAGGAUGAGUUUCUAACUUCUCAUCAGAACUGGAACUGUAUUUGAGCGCUCUAUUCAACCACAGAAAAAGUUCAAUGUAAGAAGCAACUGUGUUUAAAUAAUUGUUUUCAGCAGUCCUUUUGAGAGCGAACUGUGAAAAUUUAAGACUGAGGAAAUAACCUUGUUAGAAAAAUCUUCCUUACAGCAUUAUUGUUUUCUUAAACUGAAAAAAUGGCACUGUAUCUAAU